AAAGUUUAGCAACGCCUACUUGACAAUCGAGGAGGCGGAUUCUUUUCAAGUUUCCGACUGCCCACCAUUCCUCGUAGCGCUGAUUCCUACCAUAACCGCAUUCCCUUUCGAUGACAGGGAGUCACUUGCAUCUUCAGUUAGCAUUGAGCUUCUUCGUUGGUCAGUCGACAUUAAAUCAAGUCGUCCUGUCAUUAAGUUAGCCCAUUCUGGCUGUUAGCCAAGGCCUUGUUCAUAUAUUGAAGCUAUUAUAGACCUAUUGUUUACAUUGAGCGUAGAUACACUUCACUUAAUCCCUGACCACUCUUGGUGUCCAUGGAAACCGGUCCGUUUGACAUGCCUCGAUCAACGACAGUGACAUCGUCGAAAACAUCGCGGAAAGGAAGCAGUUGUAAUCGAUAUGUGGCUACCUUGUUUGUUGUCAUGCUUUCAGCUCGAAUGCUGGCCAUGACCGACGGCCACACAGCCACGUCUAGGCCGCCAGCCGAAAAUGAAACAACUGAAGAACGUCGAUCUGAAAGUGGCGAUUUUCUUGCCAUGUCAGAUAUUGGUACUGGCUCAGAAGUCAACAGUCGAAAUUUCAGAGUGGCACGUAGCGAAUUUUCUGGUUAUUGCUUGAACGGUGAUUGUGUUAGCGGCGAUGUUCUCAAAGUUGUUAGCAAAUUGGCCAAGCGUAUUUUGAGCGAUCCACGCGUCCUCGGACUGCGAACGACCAGCCAACCAGUUGAGGAUUAUGAUGCGACGGGGUUACCUGAAGAGUCCGCAGCCAGAGCCAUUGGGGGGCCGAGUUCGUUCGACACCCGUCCUUUCAGUCGCCGCAAUGAUCACUACGAUAGCAUGGACAGAAAUCGCCAAGAACCUUACAUCGAUGAUGAUCGAAACCGACUGAAUGAGCGUUACCAUGAUCCCGAUUCAUACCAUGCACCUUCUUCAAAUCCAAGCGAAAGUUAUCGGGAUAGGGAUCGCUACAAUGAUGUAUACGGAUCCAGCCCAGGGUAUCAGGAUUCCAUAGAAAGGGGCAGUACGAAAUCUGGAUCUUAUGAUAGGGAUGGAAGUUAUGAUAGUUACGGGGGUGGUGGGGGAGACAGCUACGGUGGCGGAUAUGGCGGAGGAAGUUCUUACGGAGGAGGUAGCAGCUACGGUGGAGGUGGUGGAUACGGCGGAGGAGGAUACGGCGGAUACGAUAGUUGUUGUCAGGAACAAAACAAACUUUUGCCUAUUCUUUUGGUUGGACUUUUGGGUCUUUUGGCUUUCUUUCUCUACGUAAGAUCAACCACUACUGCUGCACCGGCAGCUAAGCGCAGCAUAGAUGAUAACGAUCUCUCUGACGUGUUGCUGGACGGUCCGACUUGGUUAAGCAUGGUUCACGAAUUAUGGGAGCAGGAUGCAGCCCUCGAAAACACAGUCUGCACUCAGGAGACCUUAUGCCGAAUGAAUCGCUUGGCUAUGGCUGCACCAGGGCAAGCCGGAUGGGCCGUUUCGCUAUCAAGUUUGCCUCUGAGCUAUCUAUUACACACGCGCCACACUGGUGGAUUCAGUUCAUACAUGGAUGCAACACUGAUGGGCCGUUCAGGAGCCAAUUGCACCGAACUUUAUGCGAGUUGUCCUCGCUUGUCAUACUGAACGAAUUACAUCCCACGAACGAUCUUUGUUAAACACAAGUUCUAAAGAGGAAAUCUCAAAUGUUAUCCCUGUUUACAUUUAUUCGCUUACUGCAGAUAUUACUAAUGUAUACGGACUACUUUUGAUAUCGCUUAUGUGCGUUGGAAGACGACAAAAUUCUUAAUUUAUGGUUUUUUAUGGGGUGGUGGAUGGGGUCUACCUCGACCAGUGGAAUAGAGUUACAUUUACCUACUUGUAUCAUUACCUUUGCCUAAGAUGUGAAUAAACAUUCGUUGGUAUCA